ACGACCGGAAGAGCUUAUAAUCUAGGGGACAGACAGGAAGAGUCUCACCUAGGCAGGGGAAGGCAAAGCUUUUGCGAUGGCAAAGGUUUUGUUCAGCAGCUUUCAACAGACUGGCAUCAGCGGAAGCCUCAAGUCCGGCCAGUUAUCUGGAGUUUUCAUCAAUGGCACUAAUCUCAAGAGCAACGCACACGCGAAGCGAUUCCGGAAAAACUCAACCUCCUCGAUCACUAUUAGAUGUUGUGCUUCCAACUCACCGACAUUGGAAAACACGAAGCUAGCUGGGGCUCCAGAGAAGCGGCAAAAGAAGAAGCAGCUGCCAUACCAAGGCAUUCUCCACGUCCCUGGCGAUCGCGUCGAGGAGCUUGAUACCAGAGAAACCUCGCUGCUCGUCGCGGAAGUGAAGGGAUGGCUCAUGAAACUCGCGAGUGGCAAGGGGGAAAUUAGUCCUUCGGCUUACGACACUGCCUGGGUGGCUCGAAUCGCGUCCGAGUCCGACUCCUCUCUUCCCGAGUUCCCGGAGGCCCUGGAGUGGAUCAUCAACAGUCAACUUCCGGAUGGAUCAUGGGGUGAUGAUCGUCACUUGCAACUCUAUGACAGAGUAUUAUCCACGCUCUCAUGCCUGGUCACGCUCAAGACCUGGGACAUCGGGCACAACAGCAUUGCGCAAGGCACGAAGUUUUUGCGUGAAAACAUGAUCAAGCUCAAGCAAGACGAUGGAGAUCUCUUGUCAGGUUUCGAGGUGACGUUCCCAAUGAUGCUCCACGAAGCCAAGCAGCUGGGCCUUGAUAUUCCGUACGAGACAGAGUUCACAAGGCUGCUGGAGAUUUCCACCAAGAAGAAAUUGGCCAAGAUCCCUUUGGAUAAACUCCAUUCCGCUCCCACGACGUUGUUAUACUCCUUGGAAGGCCUUCAAGACCUUGAGAUCGACUGGCAGAAGAUCCUCAAGCUCCAGUCUAAAGAUGGAUCCUUUUUGAGCUCGCCUUCGUCAACAGCAUGUGUUUACUUGAAGACCAAGGACAGGAAAUCGUUGCAAUACUUGCAAAAUGCUAUGGAAGAUCAAAACUAUGCUGUUCCUUGCCAUUACCCCAUUGAUCUUUUCGAAAGUUUAUGGGUGGUCGACACCAUUGAGAGGCUGGGGAUUGACGUCUUCUUCAGAGAUGAGAUCAAAGCCGUCCUCGACUAUGUGUACAGCUUUUGGACAAACGAAGGAAUCGGAUGGGGAUCUACAUGCUUAGUCAAUGACAUAGACGACACAGCAAUGGCAUUCCGUAUCCUUCGGAUGCAUGGAUACAAUGUAUCUCCAGAUGCAUUCAACCAGUUCUGGCUGCCUGGAGACAAGUUUUGCUGCUUUGUUGGCGAAUUAUCACAUGGGGUCUCUGAAAUGCUCAACUUGCAUCGGGCUUCCCAGGUCGAUUUCCCGAACGAAGCGAUUCUUACAAAGACUUUCAAGUACUCCCACGAUUAUCUACUGAAUGUUGACAGCGCUCACAUGGAUAAAUGGGCAACGAAGAAAAACCUCAUGGGAGAGGUGGCAUUUGAGCUAGCAAAUCCAUUCCAUGACUGCUUGCCGAGGAUUUAUAAUAAUGCUUAUAUCAAGCACUAUGGCAUGGAUGAUCUUUGGAUUGCUAAGACUAUUUAUCGGUUGCCUCUAGUGAAUAACAAAGUGUUUCUAGAGCUUGCAAAUCGGUAUGCUCAACAAUGUCAAUUGUAUCAACCUGCGGAACUGACAAAAUUGGUCAAUUGGUGGCAUUCAUCGCGCUUCGAAGAUAUACCGUCUACCAGAUUAACAGCGAAUAUUGAUAUGCUCCCUUAUAUUUACUAUGUGAUCUGUGCAACUUUCCAUGAGCAAGAAUUUGCCCAGUUGAGAGUUUUCUUCUCAAAGGCUUGUUGUCUGAACACUUUAUUUGAUGAUCUUAUGGACUGUGCAACAAGCAUUGAAGAGCUAGAUCGUCUCCAAAAUGUGAUUGAAAGGUGGGAUAUCUCUUUGUCGCAUGAACUUCCUCUAGAAUAUAGGAUUCCCUUUCAAGAAUUCUAUAAUACCGUUCUUGUUAUGACCGAGGCAGCAUCCAAAAUACAUAAAAAUCUGUCUCCAGAAUUUAUUUGCAAAUACCUGUCUGGAAUUUACACAAAACUUAUAAAAUCCGAGAUUGCUGAUGCUCGUUGGAAAAUUGAAGGAUACAUACCAAGUUUUGAGGAGUACAUGGAGAAUGCUGAAGUUAGCAUCUCCACUUGGGUCCAUGUACUUAUGAGCAUAUUAUUUUGUGGGGAGCCUCUAACGGAAGAAAUAUUAAACACUAUUUAUGAUAGUAGGCCUCUCAAGCUUGAUCGAAUCAUCUCUAGGCUCUGCAAUGACAUCCAAACAUAUAAGAUUGAGAUGAAACUUGGACAACCAACACAAGGAGUUUCUUGCUACAUGAAAGAACAUCCAGGUGCAACUGAAGAAGAUGCAUUAGUAUAUUUGCAAAGCUUGCUUGAGAAAACCAAAAGGGAACUCAAUGAAAGCUACUUCAUCACUCAUGAGAAUGAUCUACCUAAAAACAUCAAGAGGUUUAAUUUUGAAAUGGUGCGGAUGAUGUUAAUCACCUACAACGAAACAAGACAGGUAGAUCUUUUCAGAAACCCCGACAACGAGCUUAAAGACAUGAUAAAGUUUUGUUUAGAAACUUAUAGAACUUUGUGAUAAAAUUACUAUAAAAUAUGAUAAUAACUAGAAUUCUUUUUCCAAA